AUGUCAGGCAUCUCUCGUUCCUUGAACACCCUGGCGCGCACCAGCCGCGCUUCAUUGCUGCGUCCCCGCGCCAUCAACCCCGUCCACCAUGUCUUCGCCAACGACAAGAUGGCCGCUCGUGGUCUGGCCACUGCUUUCGAGCGUACCAAGCCCCAUGUGAACAUUGGUACUAUUGGUCACGUCGAUCACGGAAAGACCACCCUGACUGCUGCCAUCACCAAGCACCAGGCUUCUAAGGGUCUUGCCAACUUCCUGGAUUACAAUGCCAUCGAUAAGGCUCCUGAGGAGCGCAAGCGUGGUAUUACCAUCUCUUCCGCCCACAUUGAGUUCCAGACCGAGAGCCGUCACUACGCCCACGUCGACUGCCCUGGUCACGCCGAUUAUAUUAAGAACAUGAUUACUGGUGCUGCCAACAUGGACGGUGCAAUCGUCGUCGUUGCUGCCUCUGAUGGUCAGAUGCCCCAGACCCGUGAGCAUUUGUUGCUUGCCCGCCAGGUCGGUGUCCAGAAGAUCGUUGUCUUCGUCAAUAAGGUCGAUGCUGUUGAGGACCCUGAGAUGCUUGAGCUUGUUGAGCUUGAGAUGCGUGAGCUGCUCUCCACCUACGGAUUCGAGGGUGAGGAGACCCCUAUUGUCUUCGGUUCCGCCCUGUGCGCCCUCGAGGGCCGCCGCAACGACAUUGGUACCGAGAGAAUCGACGAGCUCAUGACCGCCGUUGAUACUUGGAUCCCUACCCCCGAGCGUGACCUCGACAAGCCUUUCCUGAUGUCCGUUGAGGAGGUCUUCUCCAUCCCCGGCCGUGGUACCGUCGUGUCUGGCCGUGUCGAGCGUGGUCUCCUGAAGAAGGAUACUGAGGUCGAGAUUGUCGGUGGCUCUGAGGCUCCUAUCAAGACCAAGGUUACCGAUAUUGAGACCUUCAAGAAGACUUGUGACGAGUCCCGCGCUGGUGACAACUCCGGUCUGCUGGUCCGUGGUAUCAAGCGUGAGGAUAUCCGCCGUGGUAUGGUUGUUGCCGCUCCUGGCACCACCAAGGCCGCCAGCAAGUUCUUGGUGUCCAUGUACGUUCUCACUGAGGCUGAGGGUGGUCGCCGCACUGGUUUCGGCUCCAACUACCGCCCCCAGGUCUACCUCCGCACUGCUGAUGAGCCUGGUGACCUCACUUUCCCCGACGAGGACCAGUCCAAGCGUGUCCAGCCUGGUGACAACGUCGAGAUGGUUCUGGCCACUCACCGUCCCGUUGCUGCCGAGGCCGGUCAGCGCUUCAACAUCCGUGAGGGUGGCCGUACCGUCGCCACUGGUCUGAUCACCCGUGUGGUCGAGUAG